AUGAGCCCGCUGUCGGUGUCCCCUUGUAUUACUGGUCUCUUUCUAUUGUCUCUGAAGGUGGGCGUGGCUAGGGCCCUUUCCUCCUACCAGUGGACCUAUUACCUCUUGCCAGUGGAACUUUCUUUACGGUUGCCAAUCACCCAAGUUCCUUUUGUUGCCGGAGAGUUUAUCACUUCCACUGGGUGGUCCAUUUAUCUCACUGGUAGGAGCCCCUUAUCCCACUGGCGGGCCUGUUGCUUCCUGUUGCUUAUACCGACAAUAAAAUUACUUUUGGUGGGAGACAAAACGGUUCCGUUUCUGCCGCAAAAUUUCCCGCUAUUACGCGACUUAUGUUCGCCAGAUCGAAAGCCCAUUUGGCUUCCAACACAGGCCCAAGGUCAAAGUCAAGGUCAAAAAUCAAAAUCAAGACGCAUAGUCAAGGUCAAGGUCAAAAAUCAAAAUCGAGACGCAGAGUCAAAGUCAAGAUCAAAAAUCAAAAUCAAAAUCGAGACGCAGAGUCAAAGUCAAGAUCAAAAAUCAAAAUCAAAAUCCACGGUUAAAGUCAAGGUCAAAAAUCAAAAUCAAGACGCACGUUUAAGGUCAAGAAUUAUCUCUGAAUAUCAAGUCAAAUCUCAAGUCAAAUCUCAAGUACAAUACCAAAAUCACUCAAAUGGUCAAGUCAAGUUCCAAGUCAAGUUUCAAGUCAAUGCUCAAGUCAUUUAUCAAGUCAUUUCUCAAGUCAUUUCUCAAGUCAUUUCUCAAGCCAAGGUCCAAGUCAAGGUUCAAGUCCAAGUCCAGGCCCAUGUUCUAGCCCAUGUUCUAGCACAAGCACAUACACAAUCACGAAAAAGUCCGUUCUCAAUUUUUAUCCAAAUCAAAAAUCCGGGUCAUGCCCUCCAAAUUUCAAUGUCAAGUUCAUUUCCAAGAAGGGUUUCAACCCAAGUUCCGAAUCAAGAAAAAGGAGAUCAUCUUACCCAAAGCCAAAGCCAAAACUCUGGUUUCAUCUUCAAAGCACAGCUAUUGUCACGUUCAAAAUAA